CCGCGCGGCGCCCACCCCGCGGCCGCACGUGGGCGGGAGCGGCGGCCCGCGAGGAGCCGGAGGAGGAGGAAGAGGAGGGGACGCGCGGCGGCGCAGCGGGGACCCGGGGCCGCCCGCGCGAAGCCCCGCCCCGGCCGCCGAGCCCCGCGCGGGCGGGCGGGAUGCCCCGCGGCCACCGCACUUUGGCCGGAGCGCUGCCCUGAGCGGGCCCCGGCCGCGCGGCCGCCGCGGGCGCCAUGGAGCAGUGGCGGCAGUGCGGCCGCUGGCUCAUCGACUGCAAGGUCCUGCCGCCCAACCACCGGGUCGUGUGGCCCUCGGCGGUGGUCUUCGACCUGGCGCAGGCGCUGCGCGACGGCGUCCUCCUGUGCCAGCUGCUGCACAACCUGUCCCCCGGCUCCAUCGACCUCAAGGACAUCAACUUCCGGCCGCAGAUGUCCCAGUUCCUGUGUUUAAAGAACAUCCGCACCUUCCUGAAAGUCUGCCACGAUAAAUUUGGACUCCGGAACAGCGAGCUGUUUGACCCCUUCGACCUCUUCGAUGUCCGAGACUUUGGGAAGGUCAUCUCUGCCGUGUCCAGACUCUCCCUGCACCACGUGGCCCAGAACAAAGGGAUCAGGCCCUUUCCCUCGGAGGAGACCGCGGAAAACGACGAUGAUGUCUAUCGCAGCCUGGAGGAGCUGGCGGACGAGCAUGACCUGGGGGAAGACAUCUAUGACUGUGUCCCGUGCGAAGAUGAGGGCGACGACAUCUACGAGGACAUCAUCAAGGUGGAGGUACAGCAGCCCAUGAAGAUGGGCAUGUCCGAGGACGACAAGAGAAACUGCUGCCUGCUGGAGAUUCAGGAGACCGAGGCCAAGUACUACCGGACCCUGGAGGACAUUGAGAAGAACUACAUGGCCCCGCUGAGGCCGGUGCUGAGCCCGGCGGACAUGACGGCCAUCUUCAUCAACCUGGAGGACCUAAUCAAAGUGCAUCACAGCUUCCUGCGGGCCAUUGACGUGUCCAUGAUGGCAGGGGGCAGCACUCUGGCCAAGGUCUUCCUGGACUUCAAGGAGAGGCUCCUGAUCUACGGGGAAUAUUGCAGCCACAUGGAGCACGCCCAGAACACGCUGAACCAGCUCCUCGCCAGCCGGGAGGACUUCCGACAGAAGGUCGAGGAAUGCACUCUGAAGGUCCAGGACGGGAAGUUUAAGCUUCAGGACCUGCUCGUGGUCCCCAUGCAGAGGGUGCUCAAGUAUCACCUGCUCCUGAAGGAACUCCUGAGCCACUCCGCGGAUCGGCCCGAGAGGCAGCAGCUCAAAGAGGCACUGGAAGCCAUGCAGGACUUGGCCAUGUACAUAAACGAAGUUAAGCGGGACAAGGAGACCCUGAAGAAAAUCAGUGAAUUUCAGAGUUGUAUAGAAAACUUGCAGGUGAAACUGGAGGAGUUCGGGAGGCCGAAGAUUGACGGGGAACUGAAGGUCCGGUCCAUAGUCAACCACACGAAGCAAGAUAGGUACUUGUUCCUGUUUGACAAGGUGGUCAUCGUCUGCAAGAGGAGGGGCUACAGCUAUGAGCUGAAGGAGGUCAUCGAGCUGCUCUUCCACAAGAUGACCGACGACCCCAUGAACAACAAGGACGUCAAGAAGUGGUCCUACGGCUUCUAUCUAAUCCACCUCCAAGGAAAGCAGGGCUUCCAGUUUUUCUGCAAGACAGAGGACAUGAAGCGGAAAUGGAUGGAACAGUUUGAGAUGGCCAUGUCAAACAUCAAGCCAGACAAAGCCAAUGCCAACCACCACAGCUUCCAGAUGUACACUUUUGACAAGACCACCAACUGCAAAGCCUGCAGGAUGUUCCUCAGGGGUACCUUCUACCAGGGCUACCUGUGCACCAAGUGUGGUGUCGGGGCGCACAAGGAAUGUCUGGAAGUGACCCCUCCCUGCAAGAUCAGUUCUCCUGUGGACCUGGACGCCUGUGGAGCAGGACCGGGUCCCAAGAUGGUGGCCGUGCAGAAUUACCAUGGCAACCCUGCUCCCCCUGGGAAGCCAGUGCUGACCUUCCAGACGGGUGAUGUGAUCGAGCUGCUGAGGGGCGACCCCGAGUCUCAAUGGUGGGAGGGUCGGCUGGUGCAGACCAGAAAGUCAGGCUACUUUCCUAGCUCGUCCGUGAAGCCCUGCCCCGUGGAUGGAAGGCCGCCCGCCAGCCGCCCGCCCUCCCGGGAGAUCGACUACACGGAAUACCCCUGGUUCGCAGGCAACAUGGAGAGACAGCAGACAGACAACCUGCUGAAAUCGCACGCCAGCGGGACCUACCUGAUCAGGGAGCGGCCGGCCGAGGCGGAGCGCUUUGCCAUAAGCAUCAAGUUCAACGACGAAGUGAAGCACAUCAAGGUGGUCGAGAAAGACAGUUGGAUCCACAUUACAGAAGCGAAGAAGUUUGAAAGCCUCUUGGAGCUGGUGGAGUACUAUCAGUGCCACUCACUCAAGGAGAGCUUCAAGCAGCUGGACACCACGCUCAAGUACCCCUACAAGUCACGGGAGCGCGCGGCCUCCAGGGCCUCCAGCCGGUCCCCAGCUUCCUGCGCCUCCUACAACUUUUCUUUUCUCAGUCCUCAGGGCCUCAGCUUUGCCUCCCAGGGCUCCUCCGCUCCCUUCUGGUCAGUGUUCACACCCCGCGUCAUCGGCACGGCCGUGGCCAGGUACAACUUUGCUGCCCGGGAUAUGCGUGAGCUCUCACUGCGGGAAGGCGACCUGGUGAAGAUAUAUAGCCGCAUUGGCGGGGACCAGGGCUGGUGGAAGGGCGAGGCCAACGGACGGAUCGGCUGGUUUCCCUCAACAUAUGUAGAAGAGGAGGGCAUCCAGUGACGACAACGACACGGACAGGGCUCGUGGAUUUUCUUCGAAGAGUCCGGCUCUGAAGUCUGCCUCUAGCUCUGUGACUCAGAGGGGACACGCCCGCCAACCUUCCAGUCUUCAGCAGCCCAUGGGGAUGGGGAGGGUGUUCAGAAUCCUACACGCGAACCGGCCCACCUUCAGUCUGCCCUCGGUGGCCUGUCCCGGGUACACUACUUGUACAUAGAGGGGAGCUGGGCCAGCCCUGUCGUGACGGCCACCACCAGAGCGCCGGGGGGAGGGAGCGCCUGGGGCGUCCUGAGCCAGGCUCUGGGUGACAGCCGAGGCCGGAGCUCACCUGGCCCCUGUCCUGUUGAGACGGCAUUCGGGAGCCGAGGUCUGAACCGCAGGUGCUCCCGGGGAGGACUGGGACGGCAGAGGGGGCCUUCCCCCAGCCCCUUCUGCUCAGCCCUGGACGCUCAGCCUGCCUGCUUCCUGCCGCUCCCGGGGGGCAGCCUCGGGCCCAGAGAGUCAGAAGGGACCGGAGCCGGGCCGUUUGCCGCAGCCCGUGCUCAGCCCCAGCUGGGCUCAGGUGUAGGAGAAGAGAGCACGGCCGGGGGGUCCGCGCGGGCCCCCUUGACUCCUCGUGGCCCUCCGCGUGAGGGGUGUGCAGGCUCCGCCCCGGGGGGGGGGGCUCCCUCUCUCAGGAGGGGGCCUGAGCGAACGAUGAAGGGGUCGACCCUCCUCCCCAGCCAGUGGUACUGUUCCUGCUCUGAACCCCAGGAAUGCGUCUGUCCUGUCCUGCUGCCAGGUGGAUACACCUUUUGUAAACCCUGAUGUGGGUGAGAAGAAAACAAGAGUUUUCCCCUCGCUCGGUCCCUGCUGUUCACAUUCCUCUGCAGAAGGAGCCCCCCCCCCCCCGGCCCCGCUCCCCCCACCCCGGAGUCUCCUGUGUCGUGCGGGGUGGUUCCUGAGGGGCCUCCCAGCCUCCCCACCGGUGCCGGUACCGGCCCUUGCGAGACUUCCUCCUGCCGCCCCGAACUGGGCCUGUGGCCAGCUCGAAAUAAGUGCUCUUGGGGGUGGCCCCCGUACCCCCCAACUCCCCCUCCUGACUCCCCCUGGCCUUUGACCUCUGACUGUCUCGUCCAGACCCUCUCCCUCCCUCGGCCUGGAUGUGGCACGAGACCUAGCGGCGCCACCUCCCUGCGAGCUCCGUGCCAAAGCUGCUGGUGAAACCUGGGCUGUGUGUCCCCUGCCCCUCGGCCAGCUGCCUUGCCCCGCUGCACCCUGGGGUGGGUUCCUCUGAAGUCAGCCGUGUGGCCUCCAGGCUCAGCUCACACGCGCAGUGUCCCGGCCCGGGGAGGAGGCAGGGAGGGGUCAGGGACGGUCAGCAGCCAGGGGAAGAGGGAAGGUGGUCCGCAGAGGCUUGAGGCGCAAGGGUGAACAGGAUCGUGUUGGGGGGCAGAGGGACACGGGGAGGGAAGCAGAGAGCUGGCCUCGGAGAGAGCAGCCCCGAGUCCCCAUCGUCAGGGCACAUCCAGCACUUUGCACACGCAGCCCUCUGCCGAUGGCCCAGCCACGAACCUGGGGGGUGUGGCGGGGGGGGGGGGGGGGGCGGACCCAGCCGGCCCCUUUCGUGUUUACUGUUGUCAAAAGGGUUUUGUUUCUCUUGUUUCGAUUGUUUUGUUUCCGGGUUGGCCUGUUUGUUUUUUAAGGGAAAAAACAGUUUGUAAUUAUUUCUUCCAAAGCUCCCAUUAUAUAUCUGUGAAUAAGAAGGAAGAUAUUUUAUAAGAGCACGAAAAUGAUGUAUAUUUGAGGUUAUCGUGAAACGAGGCGUCACGACAACGCAGGAUACUGAGAAAACAUAAUUUAGAACGCUGGUUUUUGUGAAUGUUUUGUUUUUGUUUUUCGUUUGUUUUGAAACGUGUUUGGUUUGGGUUUGCACUGCAUGAACCCGGAGGGGAGGCAGGCCGGGGGCAGGCUGGGAAGCGGGGGUGGGGGGUUUCGGCAGGAGACAGGACGAGCUCCGGAGGGGCUUUGGACCCGGGGCCUGACGUUAGCUGUGAACACUUAGGAGCCCGGUGCAUGCGGGUCAGGGGUCUGGGGGUCCCACAGCUGGUGACGACCCCCCCAGUGGGACGCAAACUGUACAUUUGCCAAUAGGUUUUUUCAGACCGCGGUUUUUACUGCAAAUAAACCUAAGUUCUUUUCUGCA